UAAGACUCACAGCAUCUCAGUACAACAGAAGUGCGUCGCCGGCGGUCAGAUACGCGAUUGAAAGCAGAGGCACAGAUUGUGUAAAUCUCCCUUUAGUUUUCAGUUGAAUAUUUAUUUAAAGAGCACAAGAGCUAUUGAAAAGCGUUUCUGCGUGAUAUAAUUGCAAUCUGUCGGACUCACUGGUUGCUGUGGUAUCAGGUGAAAGCGAAUGGAUUAAACACGUUAAUUCAGCGCUGAUGAUGGUAAUGAUGAGCACAGCCUGCAGGAACUGAAGAACGCGCUCGACUCUUUAAUUUCACCCUGUCACGCAUCACAGCUGGCCACAAACACAUUUGGUACGUACGGACCCUGAAGACAACGAAAAUGCCUGUGGCAUCUGCCAGUUCUGACUCGGCGAUGCAGAGUCUUUUGGACACCCUGAGCGACAGCACCAGCUCCACCACAGCUAAUGACCUGGACCUCAUCUUUCUGAAGGGCAUCAUGGAGAGUCCUGUGUCUCGUGAGCACUUUGAAGAGCCAAAGCUAGAAGCAGUGAGGGACAAUAAUGUGGAGUUGGUGCAGGAUAUCCUGAGAGACCUCACACCUCUCACACCUCACAGUCCGGCAGCCCAAGAGCUUCUCUACAUCCUCAAAGAGCCACACUUUCAGUCUUUACUUGAAACGCAUGACUCUGUAGCAUCCAAAAGCUUUGAGACUCCGCCCCCCAGUCCCUGUGCAUUUAUGGACCCCGCCCUCAACAAUCAGCCUGUCCCCCCUGACGCCAUCAGAAUGGUGGGAAUCCGCAAAGUCUCCGGAGAGCACCUGGGUGUGACGUUCCGGGUGGAGGGAGGAGAGCUGGUGAUCGCUCGGAUUCUGCACGGGGGCAUGAUUGACCAGCAGGGGCUGCUGCACGUGGGUGACAUCAUCAAAGAGGUGAACGGUAAAGAGGUGGGGAGUGACCCGAAAGUACUUCAGAACAUGCUGAAGGAGUCCAGUGGCAGCGUGGUCCUCAAAAUCCUCCCCAGUUAUCAAGAACCACACACACCACGGCAGGCAUUUGUAAAGUGUCACUUUGAUUAUGACCCCACUCAUGACAACCUCAUCCCCUGUAAAGAAGCUGGACUCAAAUUCAGCAGUGGGGACAUCCUUCAGAUCUUCAAUCAGGAAGACCCAAACUGGUGGCAGGCUUGUCAUCUGGUAGGGGGCAGUGCUGGUCUGAUCCCCAGUCAGCUGCUUGAAGAAAAGAGAAAAGCAUUUGUCAAGAGAGACCUGGAGCUCACUAGCACAGGGCCUCUGUGUGCAGGGAUGGGUGGUAAAAAGAAGAAGAAGAUGAUGUACUUGACCACCAAGAACGCCGAGUUUGAUCGUCAUGAGUUGAGGAUCUACGAGGAAGUGGCCAAAGUUCCUCCGUUCCGCAGGAAGACGAUGGUUCUGAUCGGAGCGCAGGGUGUGGGUCGUCGCAGCUUAAAGAAUAAACUGCUGGUGUCAGACCCUCAACGUUAUGGAACCACAACUCCCUACACGUCUCGUAAACCAAAGGUGGAUGAGAAGGAGGGCCAGAUGUAUCUGUUUAUGUCCCGCAGCCAGAUGGAAGCAGACAUUAAAAGCGGACGUUUUCUCGAACAUGGAGAAUAUGACGGAAAUCUAUAUGGCACCAAAAUCGACUCCAUCCAUGAGGUUGUGGACUCUGGGAAGAUCUGCAUUCUGGAUGUCAAUCCACAGGCUCUGAAAGUCCUAAGAACAGCAGAGUUUCUUCCUUACGUGGUGUUCAUCGAAGCCCCAAACUUUGAGGUCCUUAAAGAAAUGAAUAGGUCUGCCAUUGAAGCCGGAGUUGUGACUAAACAGAUGACGGACUCUGAGCUGAAACGAACAGUGGAUGAAAGUGAACGGAUCCACAGGGCCUACAGUCACUAUUUUGACCUGAGCAUUGUGAAUGAUAACCUUGACGGUGCUUACCGAAACCUCAGGAGAGCGUUAGACAGACUGAACACAGAUCAUCAAUGGGUUCCUGUCAGCUGGGUCUUCUGAGAGGUUUCUCAUUCAUCUGAAGUUUAGUUUAUUGCUGUGACCUAUCUCAACAUACUUAUUGUUUAGAUUUUUGCACAAAUACAUAAAAGAAAGUUAGUUUUUAUUUUAUAAAGAACUGAAACUGAUAUCUGUAGUUGUUUUAAAAGAGUUCUUCUGUACAAUGCUGUAUGUAUGUUUGUUAGUUCUGUGCGUUUAGGGCUGUAUAUUUGUAUAGAAACUGUUGUCAGUAAAUACUGUAGAAUACUAAACUAUAAUGAAGAUAUUCAGAAUCAUCUUGGAUGUAUAAAUGCUAUGAUUAUGUUGUGGUUCACAGGGAUUGUUUAGCUUAUUAAAGACCCGAGUCAUA